GACGAAAUGCUGACCCUCGUCUCGUAGAGUUUCGAAGGAAAUCGCACCUUCUUGGUUUUCAGACCCCUCUUCUCGUGGCAUUUUGGAAGUUUAGUGUUCAAAGUCAGGCUAAUUGGAUCCAAUUGUGUUUGUUUACAAAUGGCGGACAAAGGAAGAAACGCUGAUGGUGAUGGGCAAUCAGAGACAAAAUCUAGUCUUGAAGAUUUCGUGACUGAGAAUUAUCAGAAGCAGAAGGAUGAAGGACGUUUGGACUCAACAAAUGAACUUACUGACCAGAGGACUUCUGACUUCUUUUCCCGGGCAUUGUCUGAGAGCAGAAGAAUGAGCGCAGAGGUCAACAAAUCCCAUCGUAAACUGGACAAGAUUCACACCGAGUUCGGCACACAAAUGGUCAACUCCUGGCAGGCUGAACACAUGACCGAGGUCCUCCAACCACAUGAGCAAGACUUCAUCAAUAAGGCAAAGUACCAGAAUCCUCAGGCGCCAUCAGAGCCAAGCUGAAUUGGGAUUUUAAAUUACUUGUUUAAAUGUUAUCAUCUUUAUGUGUUUCAUGUUAUUCACUGUUUUGAUGCACGGUUCAGCAUCUAGACACUCCAUAGAAGCUAGUUGAAUAGCUGGAUGGGGAUUUUAAAUUACUCAUUUAAGUGUUAUCAUCUUUCAGUGUUCAUUGUUGUUUUUCAUCAUCUUUCAGUGUUUCAUGUUUUUCACCAUUUUGAUGCAUUUUCCAGAAAUAGCAAAAAAGCAUUAAAUUGUUCUUCAAAAGUUCAGUGUUUUAUUUGACAUUUUGAUGUAUUGUUUGCUUUGAUGUGAUGAAUUUGUCUUAAUUUUUCAUUUAUGUUCCCUGUUUCAAAUUUCUUUAAUGAAGGAAAACAAUAACAGCCUCAAAUGUAAAGAAUAUAUUUUGGAUCUUUCCAAAUUCUUGUUAUGUUUUUUUGUGGUGAACAAAUGUCCAUUUUACUUGAAGAAUCAUUUUUGUCAAGUCUAGCAACAGUUAUUUUUACAUUAUAAUAAAUGUAUUUUAAUACUCGAUCUUUACUAUGGUACAUGUAUUUAUAAUAAAAACAUGUUCACUGCCUGUUUAUAUUUUCGUUGCUAUUGCAAUUUAUGUUUGACUGUAAGUCAGACAAUUUGAAAGAAAGUUGUUCUCAUCUAUUUUUGACUCAAUAAAAUGUUUAAAUGGUUUGUCUGUUAGUGUAGUCAGAUCCAUUGUUGUUUGCAUAUUAAUUCCCAACUGAAUUGAGACUUCUCAGCCUUAUCGCUUGGGAUAACAUGGUGUUAGAUUCAUGCAUAUAUUGUUCAUUAAUAGAUUAUACUAUAAUUAUGUUUGUUCAAUAUUAUUUUGUUUUUUCAAUGACUAAAGGUCACUUAAAAAUU